AUGGCCACCGAGCCGUGUGUGGCCAGAAGUGAUGACAACCUCUGCAAUGUUCCCCAUGCUCUGCCCUGUUCCCCGGCCAAGCGCAGCAAGGAGAACCAGGGGCGCCGCUUGCUUUUUGGGGACCCCCCGGCCUCCCCUGAGAAGCCCAGCAGCCCGGUGCUGUCCCCACGGCGUGGGGGGCAGGAGACCCCCCGCAGCUCGGGGCCUGGCAGGCACCCUGCCCGCAGCCGGCUCUUCAGGCAGGAAGGUACCUGCUACCAGCAGGUGAAGCGGGUGCUGCACGCGGCCGUGCCUGAGCGCCUCCACGCCAGGGAGAAGGAGACCAGCACCAUCCGGCAGUUCCUGCGGGAACACGUCUGCGGCCACCGGCCCGGCAGCCUCUACAUCUCUGGAGCCCCCGGGACGGGGAAAACGGCCUGUCUGAGCCGUGUCCUGCUCGACUGCAAGGAUGAACUCUCUGGGAGCAAAACGAUCGUCCUGAACUGCAUGUCGCUGAGCAGCCCCCAGGGUGUCUUCCCUGCCCUGGGGCAGCAGCUGGGCCUGCCCGUGGUCACUGGCCGGGAGGGCCUGCGCAGGCUGGAGGCAAAGCUGACAGCCCAGGGGCCCAUGGUCCUCCUAGUGCUGGAUGAGCUGGACCAGCUGGAGAGCAAGGGGCAGGACGUGCUCUACACCCUCUUUGAGUGGCCCCAGCUGCCCAGGUCCAGGCUUGUCCUUGUUGGCUUGGCCAACGCUCUGGACCUGACGGACCGCAGCCUGGCCCGGCUCAGUGCCCGCCCCGCCGGCAGCCCCCAGCUGCUGCACUUCCCGCCCUACACCAGGGAGCAGCUCACUGCCAUCCUGCAGGAGCGGCUGGGACAGGUGGAGGGUGACCCCGUCCUGGAUGCUGCUGCGCUCCAGUUCUGUGCCCGCAAGGUCUCCGCGGUCUCUGGUGACGCUCGCAAGGCCCUGGAUGUCUGCAGACGUGCCGUGGAGGUGGUGGAGCUGGAGGUGAGGAGCCAGACCCUGCUCAAGCCACUGCCCAGCGGUGACUCCCCGGUGUCCCCCGUCCCCAGACGUGUGGGGCUCCCGCACAUCUCCCGGGUCAUCUCAGAGGUGUUUGGGGAUCGGUUGGCGCUGGGGGGGCAGGGGGGCCGGGAUGCCUUCCCCCUGCAGCAGAAAGUGCUGCUCUGCUCCCUGCUCCUGCUCGCCCGGCACCUGCACACCCGGGAGGUGACGCUGGGGAAGCUCCAUGACACCUACAGCCAGGUCUGCCGGCGGCAGCAGCUCCCCCCUGUUGACCAAGUGGAGUGUCUGUCCCUUGUCACCCUCCUGGAGUCCCGUGGUGUCCUUGAGCUGAAGAAAGCCAAAGAGGCCCGGCUGGCCAAGGUCUGCCUGAAGAUGGAAGAGGCUGCAGUGGAGCAUGCUCUGCAGGAUGUGGUGCUGGUGGGCAGCAUCCUGGCUCAGGGGCUGCCUUUCCCUCCCUGGAAGCCCCUCCCCACAGCCCCUUGCU